CGUAUUUCAACAAUAGAGGCUUACAGCUCAAACUACAAUGGAAGGUAGCAUUUGGUUCUUGCAUAUCUUGCCAGGUGGCAUUUGCAAUGGAGAAGGGCGGAGUUUUGGACAUGCCACUGGGCAUGAACUCAAUCACCGUGGGCCUUGGCUGGGGUGUGGACGAAGGUGAGGUUGACCUCGACGUAUCUGCCGUGCUGCUAGAUCAACGAGGCAGUGUGUUGGAGGCCGUUUUCUUUGGGCACCUGGAAUCCGCUGAGCACGGCAUUGUUCACAGCGGCGACAAUCUGACAGGCGAGGGCGAGGGUGACGACGAGCAGAUCCGCGUAGAUUUGUUGCACGUGGGGCUGGUAGCGCAGCAGGUCUUUUUUGUGGUGAACAUCUACUCGCAGAACAAGACCUUCAGACAGGUGGCAUCACCCUAUUGCCGCAUCGUGGAGGAUGCCAGUGGCAGUGAGCUUUGCCGAUACAGCCUCUCUGAUGCUGGGAGCGACAACGGCCUGCUCCACCAACACUUCAUCCCGCGGGCUUCUCAAGCCAUGGUCGCAGCGAACUUGCACAUUGCACAGUCCUCCACCCUGCAGAAGUUGCUCCUGCCUGAUCAUCGCCAAGAUGGCCCGGGAGGUUGGAGGGCGCCGGACUGCCCAGCUGAGAGGCUGAGAGGUUGGGGCUUCCACGCGUUGGGUCUCCCUUGCCGGGGGCGAACCUACAAGGACUCCUUACCGCAGAUCCAGGAGGCCGCAUCUGUCAAAACUCGUGCCUUGAUGUUGCAGGGCGGCGCGAUGGAGGAGAUGGGUGGAUAUGCAGACCUCGGUGCUUUCCAAGGUGCAGCGCGAGACAAGGUUGUGAUGGCGCACCCGCUUCCGAAUGCAGAGACCGAGUGCUGCAGUGUUCAGUAGCUGUUAGGCUAAGCGCUGUGAACUCUGCAACUUUUCAGGCCUCAACAUCGGGGUCCAACCUUGAAGGAGGUUCUUUUGAGAUGAGAACUGCAAGCUCAAGCGCAUCCUCCCAGCGAGAGAAUGAGCCGCAAACUUACACGCCCCCACCUACCAGCAA